AUGAGCACCAUCCCCAGUGUCCACAUCAACGACAAAAGCCCCAUAGAGGACCGCGACACCUCCUCCACCUCCCCAACAACCCGCAAAUCCCUGCACCAGAACAUCUUCGGCAAACUACGUCCCCUCCCCUUCCAAUACCACUGGACAGUCUGGUACGACCGCCACACCGACGCCCCAGCAGCAACAGCAGCAGCAUCAGGCGCAACCACAACCGCAACAGCUGACUACGACUCGCGUCUCUACGUCCUACACGAGGAUGUCGCCGACAUCGCCACCUUCUACCGCGUCUACAACAACUACCCCUGGGACAAGAUCCGUCUGCGCGACACCGUCCACAUCUUCCGCAAAGGCGUGAGACCCGUCUGGGAAGAUCCCGAGAAUCGCAACGGGGGGUGCUGGCGCUUCCGGGUUCCGAAGAGUAAAGCCCAGGCGUUCUUUCAUGAGAUUGCCAUAUUGUGUAUGGCGAAUGAGUUUCAGGCUGUUUUAGAGAAGGAACACGACCACGUCCUCGGCGUCUCCACCUCCGUCCGCUUCAACUCGCAUCUCAUCUCCGUAUGGAACAAGCUCGGCUCUAAUGAACGGUCCAUCAAGGCUCUCGAACAGACUAUCAUCGAUCGAUUAUCUCCUGAAUUAAGACCCACGGGGACAGGUUCCACAGCUUACUUUUAUAAGCGGCAUGAUGAGAAUGAGGGGUUUCAGGAGGCUGUGGAGAGGAGUAAGACAUGA